UCUGCUUUUCCUCUCUCCCUCACACACACACACACACACACACACACACACACACACACGUACACACAGGCUUUCCUACUCUUUUUGCCUGAGCUGACAAGAGCAAACGCAGCGGCAGAGGGGCUCACUCGCUCCAACUCCUCCCGCACCAUGCUGCCCUGGAGAAGGAAUAAGUUUGUUCUGGUGGAGGAUGAAGCCAAGAGUAAACCCAAGAGCCUGGGGACCGGGCUGACCUACCACUCCAUCCUCUCCUCGCUGCUGCGCUCCUGUCCUGACUUGCUGCCUGACUGUCCCUUCGACUGGGUGGGCAGCAUCUUCCACACCAAACGGCAAAAGGUGGAACUGAACAAAGAAGAGCCUGUGUAUAAUGUGCGCUACCUGGGGAGUGUAGUCACCAUCACGGCUAAGGGAGACGGCUGCACCCAGGAGGCGGUUGCCAAGAUCUGGGCGAGGAGCAACUACGGGGAGCAGAGUGUCAAGAUGAGGUUAACAGUGGGGCCGCAAGGCAUCCGGAUGAGCGCAGACAAAUCUGGGAAAAAGAAACCCAUUCAUCUUUACUCUCUGAACAGAAUCACCUACUGCACCGCUGACCCGUGCCGGCCCAAGAUCCUGGCCUGGAUCUACAGGCACCAAGUCAAGAACAUGGCAGUGGUGCUUCGGUGUCACGCUGUUCUGGUAAACAAGUCGGAGAAGGCUCAGGCCAUCGCCCACAGCCUCUACCAGAACGCCACCUCCGCCUUCAGCGAGUUCAAACGGCUCAAGCGUCAGAGUGAUUUCCGACACUGCCAGCAGCAGCUGCUGGGAGAGGAAGCGGUGCCCCUGAUGCCACUGAGGAGGCUGCUGAACGGGCAGUGCCAUUACAGACCGCCUGCCGACAACCCCGGGAGUGCUACCCGCCUCUGCUCCAUCACAGAGGAAGAAGAGGAGGAGGAGGAGGAGGAGGAGGAGGAAGACAAAGACGAGAAGCAGGAGGUAGAGGAAUCAGAGGAGGAUGUAGGGGAGCAGCAGGAGAAACAGAAGGUUUUAACAACAAACACAGACCCAACUCAGUUAUUAUCAGAGUUGGACAUUGGGGAUAUUGCCAGAUUGGAGCAGUGCCAAAUCAACUUUGUCAGUGACAGCAACAACAACACGUUUACGUUUAUAACCUCUCUGGUGUGACUAUAAUGUAGUUUGAAAGAACGCGAUUCUGCAACACUACAGUAACACAUUCCUCUCUCUUUACCCUUCACCGGUACCCCACUCAGGCUCCCUACCUGCCCCUUCCAUGUAAUGUGAAGUGUUACCCAGAAAACUUGUCCUCCUGCCAGGCGGUAGAUAAAAAGGCAGACGAUUGAUCUGUGGGAGUAAAUUUCUAUUCUGGCCAGAUGGCUCAGACGUUGGUUUGACUGUAGCUGUUUGGGGAAACUGUUUACAAAGAGGGCUGGUGAUGCACAGACUAACGAUAGCACAAUGACGAACGAGGACAGUGGUUUUCAGAAAACACGAGCGCGCCGACACUGAGAUCACUGACACAAAGGUCACAUAUUGAUCACAGCACCAAGCAGGAUGUGUUUGUUAGUCCUCUUAUCUCUUAUUUUUGUGAAUAUAAUUGACGCCGUGUUUGCCAGCAGGGACAUUUUUCGGAUUGACUUGUAAUAUUUUUUCAGGGAGGCUCUUUGUAUAUUUGUGUAAUUUUUCUAAUAUGACAAUCCUCACUGAUGUUGUUCACAGACUGACCUUUCUGAGCGCUCACAAUCUCAAGAUGAAGUUUAUUACGGUUUCACUAAUGAUCACAGCCGACUAAUGAAUAAGGCGAUAAUUUAGGAAGCAAGCCAUUGAGUCGACAUGUUUAUUGCUGCCAUUUGUCACAGUCCCUAUCAUUUAUGCAUGACAUGUCAGCAGUAACCUUUCCGUGCAGAGCUUUUGUCUUCUUUUUCAUGUGACAUCUUUGAUCCUUCGGCUUUUAAAAAUGAACACUGUGAUAAAUGUGCGACCAGGGACAAAACACACAACUGUUCAUGCAGUGAUGUCUUGCUUGUGUAAUGCAUUUCUUCUGAUUUAUAUCUAUUGCAGUGUCACCUGGUUUGCCAAAACAACAACAACAAAAAAAGAAACAAACAAACAAACACAGAUCUCAAUUUGCCACCAUUUUUAGCCAAGUUUUGCUAGUGCAGUUUUUCCAACUGAGCCCUUGCAAAAAUACAGAUGGACCCGUACGAUUUAACACAAACUGUUUUGAAUAUGACUUUAUCUAAUUUCCUGUUGAUAAUAUCUGUGCUACCGUCUAAAGAUGCAUUGUGAUCAUUAUUAUUAUUAUUAUUAUUAUUAUUAUUAUGAGAUGAAGCUAUUUAUUUUCCAAACACGAUGAAUAAAACUU